UUCAGAUGUUGUUUAUAAGAGGGAUAAGAGGUAGAAGUCAAUCAUUGAGGUGAAAUACGGGAGAAUUUUUCCUCUCUAGGGUUUUUUUUAUUCCCUUACGCUUUUUUGAGGUUAGGAGAAGACUUUGUCUGUCAAUAUUUUUGUAUCUGGUGAGAGGAUAAAACGAGGUGGAUAAGAAACGGUGGGAUAGGCCCGUCAGAUUGUGUUGCUGGUGUAUUUUCGAUAUAAAGCUAGAAGAUAAAAAGUACUCGAGAUGUUUUGGAUCACGUGUCGGUGAUCUAGGGACUUUCACAGAGGAAUAUUGUGAUGAAAGAGGAUGUAACUGGUAACGAGAAAAGGGUGAGUACGUGAGAAGAUUACGGUGGUGCAAUGGCCGAUGCCCAGGAGCAAAUUUAUGAAAACGAGGGCAAUGGCUUGGACGAAACAUGCUGCGGCAGGGCAAUUUUCUGUCACCCAGUAAUCCGCAACAUACCGGUAAACCAUGCAAUCUCAUCGUGCCUCGGUGAAGCAAUCACGUGGUCAAGUAUCCUAUGGCUAUUAACCUGCCUGUCAAUAUUGACAGUUGCCUUUGGUACAUUGUAUUUUCUCAUUGGCCCAUCCAUGACACCAGGUGGCAGUUUAUUUGGACUAUUCUGGCUAAUAGUAUCGUCCUACGCUCUCGGUUGGAGUCUCGCAUACAUCCCAUAUCUCAAUAUACCACCUGUAUUUGGUAUGCUACUGGCCGGUAUGAUUUUCAGUGGAACUGGAAUUUACGACAUACAUGAGGAAAUUGGAGCUGGUACAACUGGAAAAAUUCGAACUAUAUGUCUGACAUUUAUUAUGAUACGGGCUGGCUUGCAGCUUACGACAACAGCCAUUCGGAGACAUCCUUAUUUUUUGCUAUGUCUAGCACUUAUUCCAUGCACAGUUGAAUUUUUUACUGUUGGAUUGGCGUGUAAAUUUAUUCUGGAUUAUCCAUGGCACUGGGCAUUUCUUACCGGAACAAUAGUGGCAUGCAUGUCACCAGUGGUGACAGUAAACUGUAUUCUAGCAUUGGCAGACAAAGGGUAUGGUGAGGACAGAGGUAUGGCGACACUCCUCUGUACAGCAGCAUCGAUCGACGAUGUUCACAUAGUUUCACUUUUUUCCGUCUGCUACUCAUUCGUCUUUACCGAUAAGGACGACCACGGUUUAUCGUCGUAUAUACCGCGUGGUGUACGUGAUCUUCUGAUUGGUUUAGCAGUUGGUCUGGUCCUUGGUGUAAUUUUUACUUUUCUGCCUCACAGAAAUACGAAGUACGUGACGUGGUACAGAGUAGUCUCACUCGUUCUGGGAUGUCUCAUGUGCACCAUAGGUGCUUCAAAGCUAGCUGUGACUGGUGGUGGAUACUUAGCAACAGUAUCAAUGUCUUUCAUAGCAGCGAGGGGUUGGAAACUCCUAUCUGGUGUAACAUUCGACGUGACUCCACUGCGUCUUGUAAUCCAUUUCAUCUGGCACUUUAUGCAGCCAGUGCUAGUUGGAGUCAUUGGAGCUGAGAUUGACUUCACCCUGUGGUCACCCGAGAGAUUUGGCCUUCAUGUCCUGUGCAUAAUCCUGGGUCUUGCUGCUAGAAGUGCUUGCGCCAUUCUGGCGACCUAUCGCACCCCUUUCACCAUGAAGGAACGAGUUUUCGUGGCAUUCGCUUGGUUACCGAAAGGCACACUCCAGGCAGCCCUGGCACCAAUGGCACUAGAGGAAGCUCGUCGUACUGACGAUGAAAAUGAAAUAUCUAUUGCUAUAGACGUCGUACGUAUAUCAGUCGUUGCUAUUGUCUUUCUGGCGCCACUUGGUGCUGUUAUUAUGAUGGUAUCAGGGCCAUUACUAUUAAAUCGUCUCGAGGAGGAUGAAAUUCAUCGACACAGACAACUAAGUUUCCUAAGGUGGACAAGUCUCCAACCAGUCCACAACAACAGACAACGAAAUUCAUCAAUCAGACGCCAAUCCUAAUCCCUCACCACUAGGAAAUAUAUUUCGACAAGACUGCGACUUGAUGCUGAGACAAAAAUAGUCUCAUUUUGUACCCAAGGAAAUUUCCAGCUCCAAGGCUUAAUUUUCACCUCCUUUUGCCUCUCCAAUUAAUUAUUACAAAUUACAAAUCACGAGAACACCUUUUGGAGGAUCAGCACGGAUUUCUACCCCUGUUCUCCAAUAAAAAUGCAGCAAAAGGAAUUGAAAAUUGAGCUCUUGAGUUUCGAAAUUUCCCUGGCUUUCCAAUGACACCAUUUUCAUCCCUUGAUUCCUCUCCACUUCGAAGAUAUUCAUAAAUUUGUGAGAGACGUGACGUAAAAUUGAUAUUUUUUUCACGUUUCUCUAUUUAUUCUCAUCCUCUCCACUUGAUAACCCGAAACUUGAAGCUCAAUUCAUUAAUUCGAGGAUGAAAAACUCAUUAAAAAUGGUUAAAACUAUGGAAAAAAUUAAUGAUGGAAUGUUUUUUUUUCGGUGGGAGAAGUUAUUGCGAGCAAAAAUCGACCAUCAAAAUGUGUCGGAGAAUAUGUAAUCGCUGUAAUAAUAUGUGACCCCUGAUUUCUCAACCGAUAAAA